AUGUCACCGAGCAAACAGGAGAACGAAAUUAAAUCAUCAGCGUUGGAACUAAUUGGCAACACACCCAUCGUGGCAUUGGACCGACUCUACACCGGACCUGGAAGGAUUCUUGCAAAAUGUGAGUUUAUGAAUCCCGGUGCUUCUAUUAAAUGCCGUUCUUCUCUUAGUAUGAUAGAGAAAGCACGCAAAUCUGGAGAACUGAAACCAGAUGCGCCUGUUGUAGAAGUAACAUCGGGCAACCAAGGAUGUGGUCUUGCUGUAGUGUGUGCGGUUCUUGGACAUCCUCUAACACUUACUAUGUCUAAAGGCAACAGUUAUCAGCGAGCAAUACAUAUGGAAGCUCUUGGCGCAAAAUGUGUUCGUGUACCACAAGUAGAAGGGACAUACGGAAAUGUAACUCUCGCAGAUGUAAAAGCAGUCGAAAAAGUUGGUUUAAACAUCGUCGAGGAACAAAAUGCGUAUUAUGUAAAUCAAUUUAAUAAUCCUGCCAAUGCAGAUGCGCAUUAUGAGACUACUGGACCUGAGAUCUGGAGACAAACUGGACAUCAUGUUGACGCAUUUGUAGCUUCAGUGGGAACUGCUGGUUCUUUUGUAGGAAUAUCAAAAUAUUUGAAAGAGCAGCGUACAGACAUCAAAACGUAUGUUGUAGAACCAGCUGGUGCUGAACCGAUCAAGGGUGAUCCAAUUACAAAGCCGCUUCACUUACUGCAGGGUUCAGGAUAUGGAUGUGUACCGAAUUUAUUUAAAUUCGAAAAUAUGGAUGGCACAUUAAGUGUUACUGACGAGGAAGCCGUUAAGUAUAAGAAUUUAAUUGGUGAAAAGGAGGGUCUGUAUGUGGGUUACACAAGUGGUGCAAAUGUAGCCGCUGCCGUUAAACUACUAGAGUCUGGAAUGAUACCUGAAAAUGCGUGGGUCGUAACCUUACUCAACGAUAGCGGACUCAAAUAUACUCCAGUCCCUCAAGAAUAUAUGUAA